AAAAUGACACACAACAUUGAAAAUCAUAGGUCACCGGUUUUUGAUUCGAAUUGGCGUUUGUGUUGUGUUGUACUCCACCAUUGUAAGUAAACAAUUCUUCAUUCUUACAUCAAUUCCAUUCUCUCCCAUUUCCCUUUUUCAAUUCAUUCUCUUGUUAUCACGUUUCCAUCACCAACUUUUCCCCCAAUUCUUUUUACCUUCAUUCACAAUCCAUUCAAAUAAAACACCCCACCAACUUUCACUACACCCCUUUUUCUGGGGUAUUGAAAAGUUUCAAUUUUUCUUCAGAUCUCACCUUUUUUAACCAUAAACAACACUACCCACAAAAACCCAUUUCUGAUUUAUGUAAAUUUUUCAACAAUGUUUGGUGCUGUUCAAUUUGGUUUAUUUGCAGCUUGUGUUGUUUUGUUUGUUCCAAUGGGUAUGGCUGGUUGGCAUUUGAGUCGUAACAAGGUUCUUUUUUUCAGUGGUGCACUUUUCAUUACUCUUGCAGUUGGUGUUCAUCUUACUCCUUAUUUUCCUUCUGUUACUGAUUUUAUUACUUCUGUUAAAUCUUCAUCUUCUGUUGUUGUUGUUGAUAAUAAUAAUGAUCAUGAUGUUGUUGUUGUUGAAGAUCGUGAGACUUGUGUUUCUUUACUUCAUGAGAUUACUUGGGAGGUUAUGCCAAGUAAGGUUUUUGAUCCUUUGUUGAAUAAUAAUUCUUUGAAUUAUCAAAAGUUUUGGUCUUGGAGUAGAUUAGAUUCUGUUGAUUUAUGUGAGUUUCAGAAGCUUAAGAGAAAUGACGUUUUGGAUUUGCUUAAUGGGUCUUGGGUUAUGGUUGCUGGGGAUUCACAAGCUAGGAUUUUUACACUUUCUUUGUUGAGUUUGGUUUUGGAUUCCAAGCGGGUUGAAUCUGUUAAGAGUUUUUUGUUUAAAAGACAUAGUGAUUAUCAUAUUGUUGUUGAUGAGAUGGAUUUGAAAUUGGAUUUUAUUUGGGCACCUUAUCCUAAUAAUUUGACUGAUUUAGCUACGAAGUUUAAGCGGAAACAUUUGUAUCCGGAUGUUUUGGUGAUGGGUUCUGGCUUAUGGCAUAUGCUUCAUGUUACAAAUGCUUCUGAUUAUGGUGCUUUGUUGAGGUUGUUAAGGAAUUCUGUGACAUCAAUGUUGCCUGUUUCGCCGAAAUUUGGCAACGAUGGGCCUGUGAUGGGUUCUGUUUCUUCGGUUAGGUCUCCGCAUUUGUUUUGGUUAGGUAUGCCGACUUUGAUAAACUCUAUGUUGAAUACACAAGAGAAGAGAGUGAAGAUGAAUGAUGUAGUGCAAGGUGAGUAUGAUAGGGAGGUUCGGAAAAGUAGUAUAUUGAGGGAAUUCGGUGGUCCGUUUCAACUACUUGAUAUAGGGUCCUUGAGUUUGAAUUGUGGAAUCAAAUGUACAGACGAUGGUAUGCAUUAUGAUAGUGCUGUUUAUGAAGCUGAACUUCAUAUUAUGUUCAAUGCAUUGCUUAUAGAAUCACAUCAAAAGCUUUAAAGUAUACUAUGUUAGUGUUUGGAAACAGAAAUUUCUGUAGUUGCACUGUGGGUUAAACCAGAAGCUAUGCCGUAGAGGAUUGGCCGGUAGCGAGGUGAGAUCUCAACAAACGCAGAAGUAAAUAUCCGCUAUGUGGUAUUGAUUCCUUCUUCAAAAUGCUUGGCUCCCUCUAUGCUAAGGGAUAUAUACACGGUAGGAUACACGCAACGAUUUUGAAUUUUAUAAAUUGAGUAGUUCUUCAACCAUAGCUUGCAAAUUUUUGCUAGGUUGGUUAAGGGUUUUACAUUCAAAUUCAAUUAGUUUUAGAGUGAUUUUUAUAGCAAGUCUUAGCACAUUUGAAAUUCUUUUGUAUUGUUCCAAUGUAUGCUAACAGCUCAUGUAUUAGUCACAAAAGUUGAAAACUCAAAUUUCUGUACAAACAGUUGAUACAUGCUUUUAACCACACAAUUUAAUUGGGAUUCAUUUCUAA